CUACGCUGUAUUUUCAACAGAUUUUCACAGGUAUACAGUUUAUGUUAAACUGACUCGACAUGAAGUGGUUGGUAGCUCUUGCGUUGUUCAGAACAGUUCUCUGCGCACCACAUGGCCAUACUGCUGACGAAAAUGAGGGUAUUGAAAGCAAAAUCCUAGUUGAAGGAGACAUGCGUCUUACAAAAAAGCAGGUGUAUAAUAUCGAACACGGACUGGAUGUCGACAGCUCUCGAAAACGAGGCUCAAUAGCAGAUAACUCUCUAUGGCCGAAUGGAUUGGUACCCUAUGAAAUCCACCCAAGUUUAAGUGGUAUUCCUCGCGCUGUGAAUGCCAUUAAUCAAGGAUUGGCAGAAUGGACUUCAAAAACUUGUCUCCGAUUUAAGGAGAGAGAAGGUGAAAGCGAUUACAUCAUUUUUGGCGAUGGAGGAGGAUGCUGGUCAUAUGUUGGUCGACGUGGAGGUCGCCAACCGAUCUCUCUAAGUAACGGCUGUUGGUGGAGAGGAACUGUAACUCACGAAAUUGCUCAUGCACUUGGUUUCUACCAUGAGCAAUCACGACCUGACAGAGACGAGUUUGUUACGAUAUUAUGGGAUAACAUUGAAACAGACAAAGAGAGUAAUUUUCGAAAAUACAGCCGGUCAACGAUUGAUUCUCUUGGUACUCCAUACGAUUAUGGGAGCGUGAUGCAUUAUGGGGCAUUUGCAUUCAGCAGAAACAACCAACCAACAAUAGUGGUUAAACAAACGGGGCAAAAAAUUGGGCAACGAAAUGGCUUAAGCCCUGUUGACGCAGAGCAAGCGAAUCUUCUUUAUCGAUGUGGCCUACGAAAAGAAACCACAACUUUGCCGCCAACAACUACUCAACCGCCAAAGACUACUCAACCACCAACAGUGAGCUGCACAGACAACCUUUCCGCGAACCUCUGUAACAUUCUGAAAAGUGCGUUUACUUGUGUACCCAGUUUCGUUUCCUCAUACUGCGAGAAGACCUGUAACAAGCGAUGCUAAAAGCUGUUAGAACUUAACGUGUCUCAUUUCCAG